CAUCUUUCGUUGUGCGCGCAUUUCAAGCCUUCAGUUAUUCAGCGGCUUUGCUAGCGUUCAAGUCGUUUGCCUUUCGACGUUGCCGGUUCUGCACCAGAAGGCGUUUCACACUUUGACAUCCGCACUACGAUCACAACAUGAACGGACCCAAACACAAACUUUGUACCAAGCUCUCCAGCACAUAUCUGCGCAAAUGGUGGAUUACAAUUGUAAUUGCAGUCAUUUUACUAAUUGCUGGCGUUUUGGUUGCCUGCGAAUUUUCGGUGCUAAUCAAUGCGAUCGUUGAUCGCAUGAUUGUGUUGCGACCCGGCACAAAGACCUUUGGCUGGUGGGCCAAGCCUCCCGUUGAGCCGCGCAUCAGUUUGUAUGUGUACAAUGUGACAAACGCAGACGAUUUCCUAAGCAACGGCUCCAAGGCCAUUGUCGAUGAGGUGGGACCCUAUGUUUACAGCGAGACGUGGGAAAAGGUGAACAUUGUAGAGAAUGACAAUGGCACGCUGAGCUAUAAUCUGCGCAAGAUCUACAAGUUCCGCGAAGAUCUGUCUGCCGGUCCAGAAGACGAUGUGGUCAUUGUGCCCAAUAUACCCAUGUUGAGCGCCACCUCACAGAGUAAACAUGCAGCCAGAUUUCUGCGCUUGGCCAUGGCCAGCAUUAUGGACAUAUUGAAGAUCAAGCCAUUUGUGCAAGUCUCUGUGGGUCAGCUGCUCUGGGGCUACGAGGAUCCCUUGCUCAAGCUGGCCAAGGAUGUCGUGCCCAAGGAACAAAAGUUGCCAUACGAGGAGUUCGGCUUGCUCUAUGGCAAAAACGGCACCUCAUCGGAUCGUGUGACUGUGUACACAGGCUCCGAUGAUAUCAAGCACUAUGGCGUCAUCGACAAGUUCAACGGACGUACGCACUUGCCGCACUGGACAACGAAUGACUGCAAUCGUCUGGAUGGCACCGAUGGCUCCAUCUUUCCGCCACAUAUUACCAAGGAACGCAUGCUCGAGGUAUACGACAAGGAUCUAUGCCGUCUGCUGCCAUUGGUCUACGAGCGGGAGGUGGACACACCUAACGAUGUACCCGCCUAUCGGUUCACACCACCCGAAUGGGUAUUCGCUGAUGUGGACAGCCAUCCGGAUAAUAUGUGCUAUUGUCCAGCGGGCAAGCCCUCCUGCUCACCCAAUGGUCUCUUCAAUGUGUCGCUCUGUCAAUACGACUCGCCCAUUAUGUUGAGCUUCCCGCACUUCUACUUGGCCGAUGACAGUCUGCGCACUCAGGUCGAGGGCAUUUCGCCGCCCACGAAGGAGAAGCAUCAGUUCUACUUCGAUGUGCAGCCCAAAACGGGCACCACUCUGCGUGUGAGCGCCCGCAUCCAGAUCAACUUGGCCGUCAGCCAGGUGUUCGACAUUAAGCAGGUGGCCAAUUUUCCGGACAUUAUUUUCCCCAUUUUGUGGUUUGAAGAGGGCAUCGACGCGCUGCCCAACGAAGUCACGGACAUGAUGCGUUUCGCCGAGCACAUUCCGCCCAAGAUUCGCAUCGUUCUCAUUGUGGCGCUGUGCACAUUGGGCCUGGUGCUGCUGCUGCUCGCCACCUUCUGCUUGAUACGCAACUCGCACAGGCAGAGCACGCUGCACCUGGAGGGUUCCAACUACCUGGCCACCGCCCAAGUGGACAUGAACAAGAAGCAGAACAAGGACAAUGCGCCCACAACACGAUACUGAAGAGCGCGCAUAACUUCUAUAUUUUCUUUAAGGGGCCUUAGUCGGCGCAUUAGUCUUUAAAUGGAAUUUCUUUAGCUAGGGAACACGCACAGCCCAAUUCGCUGCGCCAGCAGACAAUUUCUGUGUGUGCGUGUGUUUAGUCUAGAACAAAUGGAGCUGGGAAGACUUAUGUGUAUGUACUUAUGCUGUGUAUUGUAUGUAUGAUAGGUCCUCGUUGUAAGUACUUAUGUAAUCGUUAUUAAAAAAUUUCAAGUGUAUUAGCUAUAUACGUAUAUACAUAUGUGCAUAUACAUGUGUAUAUAUGUAUAUAGUCUGUCAAGCAACAGUCGUGAUCGUUUUAAGUCUCAAAAACAAACCCGAAUUCUAUGUCACUAAAAAACAAAAUUGUGCAUGACCAAAUGAAAGUCACAAAGAAACCAGAUUCCCAAAAUCUAUGUUAAUAUAUAUAUAUAUAUAUAUAUAUAUAUACAUAUAUACAUAUAUAUAUAUUUAUAUAUUUAUACAUGUUCUCUCGAGUUUCGUCUCUCAUAUAAAUGUGCUUGAUUAGAUCAAAAAAUUGAAUGGACUGGCAAAAAUUCCGAUGCGUUACAAACGAACUACAACAAAAAUAUAAUAUAAUAUAUCUAAAAAUAAUAUAAUAUAUAUAUGUAUAUGUAUAUGUGUGUAUCGUAUCUAUAUCUGUAUAAUGUAUAUGACUUUAAUGUGUACAAUAAAUUACGCUAUUAUUUUAAUUAGGCACUUAAAAAAACAAAACCAAACUCAA